ACGGUUGUUCGUGAGGGAAUCAGAUUCGAGGGGACCUAGCACGUGCUCCUCACGGUAAAUCCACGUGCCGUCGCAUUCAUUUUAUUGCAACCUGUCGAAUUCGUACACGAAAACGCUUCAAGGGUCCAGCCAUUCUCGAAGUGCUCGGGAGGUAGAUUUGGGGUGAGACACUUGUAGAAGUUGCUUUCGUUGGGGAGGAAAACGGCAGUGGCGGUCAAAGCUGUCCGCCGAGACUCGGCCGCCGCCUGCCUUUCCUUCUUCCUUCCGCCUUCGUGGCCUUCGUUCGCUGCACCGCUUCGUUAUAAUAACCGCCUCCUCCACUGACACAAUCCUUGUCCAAAUCGCCCAACGGCUUCCUUCAUGGACGCAGAGCGCACCCGUCGUCCCAUGGAUCGGCAGCCCAUCGCAGCCGUCCUUUUCCUCCUCCUCCUCACCCCCCGGUGCGCCUCCGCUCAGUCCCCACCGCAAUCGGAAGACCGCCCUGGAUACUACAACAAUGGCAGGUUCAGUCCGACUAUGGCCAUCAUCAUCGUCGCCAUGAUCAGCGCCUUCUUCAUGCUCGGUUUCUUCUCCAUCUACCUCCGCUCGUGCGGCGGCGACGAAGAGAGCCUCAGCUUCCGCCGCCGCGGAGCGGCGGCGCGGUCACGGCGGCAGCAGCAGGGUCUGAGCCCGGACGUGAUCGAGACGUUCCCCACCAUGGUGUACUCGGAGGUGAAGGGGCUGAAGGUGGGGAAGGGCGCGCUGGAGUGCGCGGUUUGUCUUUGCGAGUUUGAGGACGACGAGGAGCUCCGCCUCCUCCCCCACUGCAACCACGUCUUCCACCCCGAUUGCAUCGGCGCCUGGCUCGCCGCCCACGUCACCUGCCCCGUCUGCCGCGCGAACCUCACCGAGCAAGCGACCGACGCCUCCGCGGAUCCCGGUGCGCCGCCAGCGGUCGCCCAGGAAGCCCCUGUAGCCCCAGCGCCAGAUCACGUAGCGAUCGCCGUCGAUCCGGCGGUGGAGGAGGAGGAGGAGGAGGAGGAGGAAAGGAAGGAGGCGGCCAUGGAACUGGCGCAGAUCGGGAGCCAGCGCCGGGCCGCCCGGUCGCGAUCCGGGCGUCGGCCGGCGAGUUUCCCACGGUCUCACUCAACCGGGCACUCGAUGAUUCGACCGGCAGAGAACGCUGACCGAUACACCCUUCGGCUCCCCGAACAUAUAAGGAAAGAGAUUCUCGCCUCCCGGAAGUUCUCCCGAUCCGCCAGUUGCAUCUCGUUCCCGACCCCCAACGAAGGCAGCUCCCGAUCAGGUCGCCGCGGCCGCGGCAAACCGGAAAGGAGCAUCCAGCUCGGUAGAUCGGGGCGCUGGCCGUCGUUCCUUCUCCGGAAUCUGUCGAUCAAGAUUCCGGCGUGGGCGACAGGUAAGAGAGGGGAGGGCGAGGGCUCGGGAUCGGGCUCUGGCUCAGUGAGGAAGGGGGAAAUUGACGUUUCUGGCAAGGGAACGGCAGCUUAUCCGAGAGCGCUAUCGGAAGGCCCGGGAGCCAGUGACGCCUUCGCCUCAACCGCCACCGCCGGGGACAUACAGUCGCCCGUCGGCCGCCGCCGCCCAAAGUCGCCAAGACCGACCUAAUUGAGUAACCUUCUGCGUGUUAUUCUUUACCAUUUUUUUUUCCAUUUUCGUAAUUUACUUGGUGAAUUUCUUAGAUGGAUAAUUAAACGGCGUGUACGCUGUCUCUCGUGACCAUAUCAGAAAUAUGUACAUAAAAGUAAUAAAAAUAGCUUAAAUUGUAUUUUUUUUUCCCUUC